CAAGUUUUGGGAGGGAAGGAGGAUGGAGGGAGAAGGAGAGCAGGAAGAAGAGGGAGAGGAAGAGUGGCUGCUGGAGUCCUUGAGGCUGUACAACGAUCUCCACCUGUUUGAGCUUCACGAUCCCACCAGAGUCAUUGAGUGGACGGGAGAAAAAAGUAUCUGUGUGGCAGGGUAUGAAAAUGGAAGGAGAAAUGAAAUCCUCCAGCUUCUCCUGCCUCAGAGGCUGUACGCAAAGGAGAACCAGGGCUUAUGUCCAGAAAGAGAUUUCAAGGUUGAACGUGGUGGAUUUUCCGAUCACCCGGUGUACAUGCUGAAGCACGUGCCAAAUACCAGCUUGCUGGUGACAAGUGGCCCCCCAGAUGGCUCCCUGCAGGUGUGGCACGUGGGGCAGGAUGAAACAGAUGUUAUUAAGCUUCUCUACGCUAUCCGUACCGCGCGAGGAGAGGAGCACUGCUGGGCGAAGAUUGCGACCGCUUUCUCCAAACCGGCGUGGGUCCUUCACGGCCUGCGGGUCAGCGAUGUUCAGGUGACGGAGCUGGAAUCCAGGAGAACCGUCUUCGUGGCAGGCUCCACAAGCACCGACGAGAUUGCCACACUGGAGUUCCUGGACGAAGCCGCCGUCCUGGCCUGCGGCACGAAGGGGCAGCUGUUCCUGGCCGACACCAGGCUGCCGCAGGGGCUCCUGGGGGUCUCCGAGGAUGCCCACGUCUCUGAGGCGCUGCCUGGGAAGAGCUGGAGUGCUGGAGUUUGCUGCGGCCCACUGCCAUCCUCCGGGGACAGGCGGCUGGUGGCCCGCCUCUCCUCUGCCGGUCGUGUCCUGCUUACGGACCUCAGAAACCCCGCGAGACCCGUGAAGAUGGCUCAGUGCUGUGUGCCCACGGGUGGCCUUUGUGGGGCAGGGUUCCUCUCUGUCUCCUUUUCCCCUCUGCUUGGAGAACACCUGGCCAUCUCAGGCUUCGAUGGAACCGUGCGGGUCUACGACACACAGCACUGGGGCCCCUCCGUGCAGGACGCCAAACCGGCCUUCGUCCACAAAGGGCACGUCUUCAGCGGGGCGGGCAAAGCUGGAGUCGCAGCCCCGGUCACCACAACCCAUGCCUGGCACCCCUCCAAGCCCCGGACGUUGCUGUCGGUGGCGAGCGACGGGUCGCUGCACGUGUGGGACUGGUCUGAGCUCUGCGCGGCCAGCUAGCCCAUGCAGCGUGUGGUUCCCGG